CCCCUACCACCAUGCCUGCCGCUCUGUGGAUUACCUGCACUGGAUUAUAACCGCGAGAAAAGGGACCAUGGCGGAGAGGUUAGAGUGGGUGGAGAUCAUUGAGCCUCGCACACGCGAGCGCAUGUAUGCCAACCUACUGACAGGUGAGUGUGUAUGGGAUGCACCUGCUGGUGUGCACAUCAAGCGAAGUGUUCAGGACCAGUGGUGGGAACUGUUCGACUCCAACACCUCUCGCUUCUACUACUACAACGCCUCCACCCAGUGCACUGUGUGGCACCGCCCACAUGGCUGCGACAUCAUUCCCCUCGCCAAGCUCCAGACACUCAAGCAGAACACGGAGACACUUCCUGUCGCAUCGGUCAUCAGCGGGUCGGCCGACAGCAGCCCCGCUCGCAGUGCCGUCAGCACCACGUCGUCACAAGAACAGGAGGAGAAGACAGCACCCAAGGAGGAGGUAGAGAGUUUCAGAUGGGGAACUGGUAGUAAAGACAGGAUGUUGAUUAAAGUUACUGACAGGGAGCCCAGCUUCCUACAGCAGGGAAAUGGUUAUUCUGGAUCCUCACCACGUUCGAGACGCUCAUCAAGUAACACCCCUUCUGAAGCAGAAAACCCUUCACAUACUUUAACCGACCGCCGCCAAACACAGUCUCCCUUUCUGAAGAGAGCAGAGGUCGGAGGAACUCAGCGGCGUUGCUCUGGUGACUCACAGCCCCCUUCACCACGUUAUGCUUAUGAACCUCCACUCUAUGAGGAGCCUCCCUCAGAGUACCAGUCCCCACCUAUUUAUGAAGAACCGCCUAGUGAUGUGCAUUGCGAUCAAGGCCUUUAUAGCUCAGACAGGUCACCAGCACGUAAGCCUGGCCUUUACCAUUCUCCCAAACAAAACCCAUCCCCUUAUGGUCAGUUGGUGUUGACCAGACAAAGAGGCUCCACCCCUGAGAAGAUCUCCAACCCAGGAGAACGUGACUACAGCCUGAGUGGGCGGGACUAUAGUUCUGCAGGGCGGGACUACAGCUCCAGUGGAAGGGACUACAGCUCCAGUGGAAGGGACUACAGCUCUAGUGGAAGAGACUACAGCUCUGGUGGGCGGGAUUAUAGUUCUGGUGGGCGUGAGUACAGUGCAGCAGGACGGGAGUACGUAAAGCAGCUUGUGUAUGUGGAACAGUCUGGAUCUUCCCCUAGGUUCCGGACAACAGAACGAUUUUUAAGCUAUGGAAAGACCGGGCAGGGUGGCGUAUCCAUGUGUUAUGGUGGCUCUUUUACACUACAACACACUCAUGAUGGUGGUGGCGGCAAUCGCAAGCGGAAAAAUCGCAAACCCUCUUUACCCGGCGGGGAGGGGGAGGGCAUUGGAGUAGGAGCUAUGCUCACUCAAGCACGGCUUGCCUGGGAAGCCCAGCAGCUCAUACAACAGCGAGGUGGUGGGUCUGGAGGUGGUGCCAAAGAUGGCUAUGAGAGUGAUGGGGCAAUGCCCCUGCCACUUCCAGGCCCAGUGGUGCGGGCGUAUAGCGAGGAUGAAGCUUUGGCCCAGCAGGAUGGCCACUGGAAACGGGCUACACUGGACAGACUUGCAUUUCCACAGACACUGCUAGAGAAGAGUUUGUCUGUGCAGACCAACUUGGCAUCACCGGAACCUUACCUGCACCCCUCCCAGUCAGAAGAUCUUGGAGCGUGCUCACAGUUUGAGGCGAGCCGGAAUGCCCGGAACAUGAUGCCCAGUGCUAGCUGUGGAGUGUUUCCGGAAUUCUCUCUGCGAAAGCCUUCCUCUGAGACAGACAUUGAGAAUUGGGCAUCCAAGCACUUCAGUAAACACACACAGGGUCUUUUCAGGAGGAAGGUAUCCAUAGCGAACAUGCUGUCCUGGAGCAGUGAGCCCAUCAAGAAGCCCAUGAUUCACACCAUGGACCGCACAGUCAAGCGGGAAGCAGUGGAGAUCUUCAAGCUCAUCCAAACAUACAUGGGCGACAGAAGGGGCAAAGGUGAUCCUCUGGCUGUGGCUCUGGAGAUUUCAGUGCGUGGCUGGAGCAACCAGGGUCUCCGUGAUGAGCUCUACAUUCAGCUGUGCCGACAGACCACAGAGAACUUUCGCUAUGACAGCCUGCAGAGGGGCUGGGAGCUCAUGGCUAUCUGUCUGGCAUUUUUUCCGCCCACGCCCCGCUUCCACAACUACCUGGAAGGCUACAUCUACAGACACAUAGACCCACUUAACGACACUAAAGGAGUGGCCAUCAGCAGCUAUGCGAAGUACUGCUAUCGUAAAUUACAGAAAGCUGCUUUGACCGGAGCGAAAAAGGGUUUAAAAAAGCCUUGUCUAGAAGAGAUAGCCUAUGCUCGUAACGCCAUCUUUAGCCUGUCAAUGUUUGGCUCCUCUCUGGAAGAAGUGAUGGCAAUACAGAAGGAGCGUUACCCUGAUCGACAGUUGCCAUGGGUACAGACUCGUCUUUCUGAGGAAGUAUUAGGAUUGAAUGGAGACCAGACUGAGGGCAUAUUCAGGGUGCCUGGAGACAUAGACGAGGUAAAUGCACUAAAGUUGCAAGUGGACCAGUGGAAGGUGCCAACAGGUUUGGAGGACCCACACAUUCCAGCGUCAUUGCUAAAGCUGUGGUACAGGGAACUGGAGGAUCCAGUGAUUCCUCAUGAAUAUUAUGAAGAAUGCAUCUUAAACUAUGACAGUCCUGAAGCUGCUGUCAAUGUGGUACAUAACCUUCCUCAUAUCAACAAACUGGUGCUCUGCUACCUCAUCCGUUUCCUACAGGUGUUUGCUCAGCCUGCCAACGUGGCCAUUACAAAAAUGGAUGUGAGUAACCUGGCGAUGGUGAUGGCUCCCAACUGCCUGCGCUGUCUGUCUGAUGACCCACGCGUCAUCUUUGAGAACACCCGCAAAGAAAUGAGCUUUAUCCGGGUGCUCAUUCAGCACCUUGAUACUAGCUUCAUGGACAGAAUUCUUUAG